AUGAAGGCCUUCGUCGCGCUCCUGAUCAUCGCCACUUCGCUCGUCACGGAGCUGGAUGCAACUGGAAGCCCAGAUUGCACCAUAUACCCCGAAUGCGAAGUUACGGGUGGGUUCUGCGUCAACGAGAAAGAACUGGAAACCUGUAGUAGUGGUACCAACUUGAUGAAAGAUGGAUGCAAGCAAGGCUACUGUUACUGUUGUACACCACCCUGCACACGUCUCUCGAGGUGCAGCAGUAAUAACGGCACUUGCUACAACUUGAAGAGUAACUACCAGUGUAGUGGCACUAUCUAUGCAGAAGGAUGCAGUCAAACGUACUGCGGUUGCUGUGUCCCUGAUCCUACCAUCUGUAUUCCAAAGCCUAAAUGUGACGCUGGUAAUGGCACUUGCAUGAAACCUGCAAAAUGGAAUACUUGCGAUUACGUAAUUGACACAACUGGCUGUUAUGGAAGAGACUGCGCUUGUUGCAAGCAAGGAGGUUGCACAAGAAAGAACGUCUGUAAGAACAACGGUGGUUUCUGCUUCGAUACCACCAGUAACUAUACAUGCCCUGGAAUCAGUUAUAGAAAUGGAUGUGAAGGAGCAAACUGUUCUUGUUGUUUCCCGGAUCCCACAACAUGCAUCAAAUUGGAUACAUGUGGCAUUAAUGGCGGUUGUAUCAAAGAAACUAAUGCGGGCAGUUGCUAUGGCAUAAUUGACAAACCAAGCUGCCUCGGUACUGGCUGUACUUGUUGCAGAAAUUGUACGCAAAAUCAGCAGUGCGCUGCUGCUGGUGGCUACUGUUACAACAACCAGAGUACCUACCCUUGCUCAGGCACUAUCUACAAACAAGGAUGCGCUGAAUCUCAAUGUUACUGCUGUGUUUCUGAUACUUCCAUCUGUAUCAAAUUACCUAACUGUGAGAGCGCUGGCGGAUCGUGCCUGAAACGAACAAGCUGGACUACUUGUAGUGGCUCAGUUGACUCAACUACCUGCCUUGGCACUGAUUGUGCCUGUUGCAAGCCAGGAGUUUGUACACCAAAACCCAUCUGCAAGGACAAUGGCGGCUACUGCUUCGAUACCACUAGUGGUCAUGUAUGCAGUGGAACCCAGUAUGACGAUGGGUGUGAUGGUACAGCAACCUGUUCUUGUUGUUACCCAUGUGUUCUGACAACGGAGGCUUUUGCUACUACAGUCAGAGUACCUACUCGUGCCAAGGCACUAUCUAUCAACAAGGAUGCAGUGAAACAACCUGUCACUGUUGUAUUAAUGGUAGAUACUUCCCUCUGUAUUAAAUUACCCGACUGUGAAAGCGUUACUGGCGGAACUUGCAUGAAACCAGAUGACUGGAAUACUUGUGUUGGAGAGGUUGACUCAACUGACUGCCUUGGCACUGAUUGUGCCUGUUGCAAGCCAGGAGAUCCAAAUGUUUGUAUCGAAUUAGAUGAAUGUGGUGGCGACAGUGGAACAUAUACUUCCCUCUGUAUUAAAUUACCCGACUGUGAAAGCGUUACUGGCGGAACUUGCAUGAAACCAGAUGACUGGAAUACUUGUGUUGGAGAGGUUGACUCAACUGACUGCCUUGGCACUGAUUGUGCCUGUUGCAAGCCAGGAGUUUGUACACCAAAACCCAUCUGCAAGGACAAUGGCGGCUACUGCUUCGAUACCACUAGUGGUCAUGUAUGCAGUGGAACCCAGUAUGACGAUGGGUGUGAUGGCACAGCAACCUGUUCUUGUUGUUUCCCAGAUCCAAAUGUUUGUAUCGAAUUAGAUGAAUGUGGUGGCAACAGUGGCACAUGUGUGAAAGAUUCUGCCUUGUCAACAAGUUGCUUCGGCAUACCAUACCCAGAACAUUGCCUAGGAAAUGAAUGCACUUGUUGCAAGGAUAUUUCCCUCUGUAUUAAAUUACCCGACUGUGAAAGCGCUGGUGGAACAUGCAUGAAACCAGAUGUCUGGAAUACUUGUGUUGGAGAGGUUGACUCAACUGACUGCCUUGGCACUGAUUGUGCCUGUUGCAAACCAGGAGAUCCAAACGUUUGUAUCGAAUUAGAUGAAUGUGGUGGCGACAGUGGCACAUGUGUAAAAGAUUCUGCCUUGUCAACAAGUUGCUUUGGCAUACCAUACCCAGAACAUUGCCUAGGAAACGAAUGCACUUGUUGCAAGGAUACUUCCCUCUGUAUUAAAUUACCCGACUGUGAAAGCGUUACUGGCGGAACUUGCAUGAAACCAGAUGACUGGAAUACUUGUGUUGGAGAGGUUGACUCAACUGACUGCCUUGGCACUGAUUGUGCCUGUUGCAAACCAGGAGAUCCAAAUGCUUGUGUCGAAUUAGAUGAAUGUGGUGGCGACAGUGGCACAUGUGUGAAAGAUUCUGCCUUGGCAACAAGUUGCUUUGGCAUACCAUACCCAGAACAUUGCCUAGGAAAUGAAUGCACUUGUUGCAAGGAUACUUCUCUCUGUGUCCAACUGCCUGAAUGUGAUGGUACUGGAUCAUGCAUGAAACCUGCAGACUGGAGUAGCUGUGAUGGCUCAAUUGACUCCACCAAAUGCCUUGGGGAUACCUGUGCCUGCUGCAAUCCAGGAGACUGUAUACCAACUAGUGGCUGCACCGACAAUGCUGGUUACUGUUAUGACUUGUCAAGCAGUCAUGUAUGCAAUGGCAAUUCGCACCCUGCAUUAUGCGACAACGCAAACUGUUCCUGCUGUAUUGCACUCAUGUUUCAAAACAGCCAAUAUCUUCUCUCUAAUGGGAAGUGGGAAGCUCUCAUGACUGUCUCCUCAACUGUCAAAAGACAAUGA